GAGGCGCUCCUUAGGGUGCGCCUGUGAGGGAACAUCAAGACGUAGAGAUGGCGGAGCGAGGAGAAAUCCACCUGGACCAGGACAAACUCUGCUGCUCCAUCUGUCUGGAUCUAAUGAGAGAUCCUGCCACCAUUCCCUGCGGCCACAGCUACUGCAUGAUCUGCAUCAGGAGCCACUGGGAUGCAGAAGAUCAGAAGAAGUUCCAGAGCUGCCCUCAGUGCAGGCAGACCUUCAGGCCGAGGCCCGUCCUGGUGAAGAACACGGUGCUGGCGUACCUAAUGGAGGACCUGAAGAAGACCAGGCCGGCGGCGGUUGGAGGCAGCGGCAGUGACGCCGGACCGGAGGAUGUGGCGUGUGAUUUCUGCACCGAGCGAAAGCUCAGAGCCGUCAGGUCCUGUCUGCAGUGUCUGGUCUCCUACUGCGAGCAGCACCUGCAGCCGCACUUCGAGUCUCCCGCCUUCGAGAAGCACAAACUCGUCAAACCGUCCAAGAAGCUCCAGGAGAACAUCUGCUCCCACCACGGCGAGGUGAUGAAGAUCUUCUGCCGCACCGACCAGCAGUGCAUCUGUUACAUCUGCUCCUUGGAUGAGCACAAGCGUCAUGACACGGUGUCGGCUGCGACCGAGAGGAUCCAGAAGCAUCGGGAGCUCGGUGCCAAUCAGAGGAGCAUCCAGCAGAAGAUCGGCGACACGAAGAAAGGCCUGCUGGUCCUGCAGCAGGAGGUGGAGGCCAUCAAUCACUCGGCGGACAAAGCCGUGAGGGACAGCGAGAAGAUCUUUGCCGACUUCAUCUCCCUCAUCGAGAAGAGAAGCUCCGGUGUGAAGCAGCAGAUCAGAUCCAGGCAGAGGAACGAGGUCAGGCAGGUCAAGGAGCUGCAUGAGAAGCUGCAGGAGGAGCUGGUGAAGCUGACGGAGAAAGACAAAGAGCUGGAGCUGCUGGCGCACAUCGACAACCACAUCCAGUUCCUCCACAGCUACUCCCGGCUGUCGUUUCACAGCGACUCCCCGCACCUGUCCAGCAUCAGCGUCCGCCCGCUGCGCUACUUCGACGACGUGACGGUGGCCGUCUCCGAGGUCCGGAACAAGCUGCAGGAGAUCCUCCGGGACGAGUGGACCAGAAUCCUGCUCACCAUGUCCAAAGUCGACGUCUUGCUGUCGCAGCCGCAGCCGGAGACCCGAGCAGAGUUCCUGCAGUACUCCUGCCACAUCACCAUGGACCCCAACACCGUGAACCCUCGCCUGCUGCUGUCCGACGGGAACAGGAAGGCCACGGUGAUGAGGGACCGGCAGAACUACCUUCAUCAUGCCGACCGGUUCACCCAGAGGCAGCAGGUCCUGAGCACCGAGAGCCUGACCGGCCGCUGCUACUGGGAGGUGGAGAAGAAGGCCGCCAGAGCCACGGUGGCCGUCACCUACAGGGACGUCCACAGGGCCGGGAGCGAGAGCGGCUUCGGGAACAACGACCGGUCCUGGGCUCUGGAGGACGCCGCCAAAUUCAUCCACAACAACGUCCGGACCUGCGUCUCAGGAGCGCCGUCCGCCAGAGUGGGAGUGUACCUGGACCACAGCGCGGGGAUUCUGUCCUUCUACAGCGUCUCCGACACCCUGACGCUCCUCCACAGGGUCCAGACCACCUUCACUCAGCCGCUCUACGCCGGCUUCGCCGUCUACGUUUAUGACGGAUCCGUCGAGCUGUGUGACCUCAAAGAGGCCGCUGCCAUGACGGAGGCAAAGAGCUGCGACAUGGUUGUGUGACGGAGUCCACUCUCCUAAAUAACACACGGGUGCUAAAUAAAAACAAUACUGAGAGCCACAGAUGUAACAGAUAAAAUGAGAUUUAAGAAAACAAUUUUACCUUCUUUUCUGGAGAAAACAGUGUCAUGAUGUCCUGCACCAAAGUAGUAAAAAUAGCUAAAUAUUGUAAGCCUUCAAGUCAAGAAAACAGUUUUACUACAAAACAGAAGGAGCCAUCAUGUCGGUGCUGUGAGGAUAUCCUGAGAAAAAGAAAAUAAAUUAUAUCCAUUGGCUUCCAUUGUAAAGACCAAGUGCUUACAUUAAUUGCUUAAAUUAAAUGUUAGCAAACCAAAUAGU